ACAGCAUUGAGAAGCUGAAUCAGUAAACAGUAACACGUUUGUUGGUUUUCACUGCUGUUUUGAUGUAUUUUGUACUUUUUUCUGUGUUGGCUUGUUUAUUGACAUGUCAUUGUUUUAUAGAAAAAGAUGUGAAGCAGAAUGAGAGCCACUGUGGUCUUCUAAAGCAGUGGCUUGCAUCCUCACUAGUUUCACUGGAGAUCAACAAGAAGGGUUUUCACAGGGAGGUGGUAACCUCAGUUGAGCUCAGCCCAGAUGUGCUCAGUGGGGUCAGAGUUUUGCUGGUUCAUAGAUGGCCCAGAGGGGUCUUUGUGGAUCCGUACCAACUUGCAUCCUUGAGUGAACACGGUGAUUGGCAGUUAUUACUAGAUUCAGCCAUUGACCUAGAGGUGCCUGCUCACAAGACUGCGGGAUUCGUCACAUAUGUAUAUCCCUACCUUGAUGGACCAACUCCCAGACUUAAAGUAACAAUUCCCAUCCACGGUCGCUACCACGAGCCUAAUUAUGACGGUGAAAUGUUUACAUCUGUAGACAUAGAACAUCCAGAGCUGCUGCUGCGAACUGAAAAAUGUUCGCAGCUCAGCGGCUUGGAGCCUCAUACAGUCGUUGACGCUCCCUGUACUCACGACAAUUCAAGCACAUGUCAGUGGGUUAAACUCCAGCCUCAGCAGGAGCGAGGCCCCGUUGGUGUUCAGUUUCCAGUUGGUGACGGGUCUUUGGUGACGCCCGUGUGCGGUGGAACCCUUCUGGUCACAAUGCUCUGCUGUGUGGCUCUGUCCAAACACAUGUGGAAACAUCGCAUCAUUUAGACAGCGACAACAUAUCUCGUAUCAAACAGAACACGAUCCUGUAGUUAUACAGUUCUGUCUGAUACCAGGAUCAUCAACUAUGAUCCGAGUUUUCUACAUAAAACAUCAAAAGGCCAUAAAUAACACCACACAGAUAAAGAAGGGUAGGUGUAUAUAAAUAAUUUUAAAUGAGAAAUAUAUAGAACAACUUGUCUUGGGUGGUGACAUAAACAGAUAAUUUAUUUGAAAUCAGUCCAGGUUUCUAAAUUAAGGAGGUUCUUGGUUUUACUCUGGGAAGUAAUCCAGUUAAUUAGAAGGUUCUCGGAAUAAGCACCAGUUACUGUAAAUAAAGGCUAUGUUUUGAUAAAUCCUACUUGUUGUGCAAUAUUUCCUCCUGUUAUUAACUUGGCUCAGAUGUAGAAGCACAACCCAAAUCAAAUGGGAAGAUCAGACUUCUUUAUUUUAAAUUAAGGCACAACGCGCUCAACU